AUGUUCGGGCUCUGGAGAACCUGCAACAGCGUGCUUCUCGACCUCACUCUGGCCGUCGGCCUCGGAGGGCUGGUGGGGAGCGGGCUUGUCCUGUGGCACCUCGGCUUCCGCGUCAGGAAGGGCCCCCUCUCCGUCUACGUCCUCCGCCCCGCCGCGGACAGCCUGUCCCUCUGCUGCCAGCUGGGCUUCUCCACCGUCCAGGCCGCCCUGGGCUCCCGGGACCACCUGUCCUUCGCGGGCUUCUCCGUGGGGCUGGGGCUGCUGGCGGUCGGCACCGAGUGCAGCCACCUGGCCCGCGUCUUCCCCACCUGCUGCCCCGGCUGCCGGCCCAGACACACCUCGGGCCUCGUCUGCGGCCUCGUCCGGGCCCCGAGCCCGCCGGCCGUGCUGCGGCCCGCCAACGCCUGCGGCCGCACCAGACCCCUGACCUGCGCGCGGUACCACGCGGCCAGCGUCGCGUGGCUGCUGUCCCCGGCCUGCGCGGGGAGCCCGGCGCCCUUCCUCUGGGUGAACUGCCGCUCCCAGCGCCCGCGGCCCAAGCUGUGGGGCAUCGCUCCGGGCUUCUUUUGUGGCCUCCCGCUGGUCUUCUGGAGCCUGUGGCCCCUCCUCAACCUCCUGCGGCCCGCGGGCCACCCUCCCGACGCCAAGCCCUUCAUCUGCUUCACCGCAGGCCAGCAGCUGGGCAAACGCCAGCCGCUGUGGGUGGUUCUGCAGAGGUCCCUGGGGGAGGAGGCCGCGCGGGGGACCGGGGACCAGUCUCUGCCUCAAUAUAGGGCCUCAAUAUAG